UUGUUUUUUUUUUUUUUUUUAUGCAGUUUUUGCCAAUACCAAUUUGCUGGUUUCUCACGGUUAAUUUUUCUCUUUCAGGUUUAAGGUUCCACCAUGGGCCGCCGACCUGCUCGCUGUUACAGAUACUGCAAGAACAAGCCCUACCCCAAGUCUCGGUUUUGUAGGGGUGUCCCAGAUCCUAAGAUCAGAAUCUUUGAUUUGGGCCGUAAGAAGGCAAAGGUUGACGAGUUUCCACUAUGUGGACACAUGGUGUCUGAUGAAUAUGAACAGCUGUCAUCUGAAGCCCUUGAAGCUGCCCGUAUUUGUGCCAACAAGUACAUGGUGAAGAGCUGUGGCAAAGACGGCUUCCAUAUCAGAGUGCGCCUUCACCCUUUCCAUGUGAUCCGCAUCAACAAGAUGUUAUCAUGUGCCGGUGCUGAUAGACUUCAGACCGGAAUGCGUGGUGCCUUUGGAAAACCUCAGGGCACAGUAGCUCGUGUGAAUAUUGGCCAGGUUAUCAUGUCUAUUCGUACAAAGACUUCGAACAAGGAGCAUGUGGUUGAAGCUCUUCGCAGAGCCAAGUUCAAGUUCCCUGGCCGUCAAAAGAUCCACAUUUCCAAGAAAUGGGGCUUCUCCAAGUUUAAUGCUGAUGAAUUUGAAACCAUGUUGCAAGAGAAGAGACUGAUUCCUGAUGGAUGUGGGGUGAAAUACAUCCCAAGUAGUGGUCCCUUGGAUAAGUGGAGGGCCAUUCAUGCUAUCUGAUCUCCUUCACUUUAUUCUAAAGAAGUCUGUCUGCAUUGGGAAACUGUUUCUCAAUAAAGUUUUGAUGACUA